AUGGCAGCCACAUUGCUUGCUGCCUGCUGCUACCUUCUCAUCCUCUUCUUUGUCAUGGUUGAAUCGAGAGACAACAAAGAGUUCACUCCAGAGCUUCAUCACCAGUGGGGAGGAAAGUUUCCUGGAGGUGGAGGUGGAGGCUAUGGCUAUGGUGGCAAAGGACCCGGUUAUGGCGGACCGGGCUAUAGUGGAGGCUAUGGUGGCGGCAACCCCGGUUACAGUGGAGGCUAUGGUAACAAUCCUGGCUAUGGCGGAAAUCCCGGCUAUGGUGGUGGCUAUGGUAACAAUCCCGGCUAUGGUGGAACUUACAGUAAUGGUCCUGGCUAUGGCAACAAUGGCGGCGGAUACUCUGGAAGUUCCGGCUAUGGCGGAAGCACUCCAGCCUUAGGUGGUGGUAUUGGUGGGGGUCUACCCGGAACUUUCACUGGCUCAAGUGGAACUGGGGAUGGAUCUGUGGAAGGAACUACCAUUCCAGAUCAUGGUACCGGAGGAGGGUACCCUGGAACUGGGAAAAUCGAUCCUUCUUCCACAAAGCCAUGA